GAAGACCACCUACAACAUCCUCCUCCACGGCCUCUUCCGCGCUGGCCAAACCCGCCAAGCCCUCGACUUCUUCGCCCAGAUGAAGCGGCGAUCCAAAACGGACCCGGUUUGCGCCCCCGACGUGGUCUCCUACACCACCGUGCUCCACGGAUUGGGGCUCAGCGGCCAACUCCGAAGAGCCCGAGAGGUGCUCGACGAAAUGCCGCAACGAGGCGUCCUCCCCAACGUUGCUGCGUACAACGCGCUCAUCCAGGUAAUAUGCAAAAAGGGCACCGUCGACGAUGCCCUCGCGGUGUUCGACGAAAUGCUCAGUAGAGGUUACACCCCGAAUUCGACCACAUAUAAUGUUAUUAUACGGGGGCUCUGCCACGCGGCGGAGUUCGACCGGGCUCUGGGGUUCGUGGACCGGAUGCGGCGCGACAGGUGCGGGCCCAACGUGCAGACGCAUAAUAUUAUCAUGCGGUGCUACUUUGAGGAGGGGGAGAUUGAGAAGGGGCUGGAGAUGUUUGAUAAAAUGGGCGUGAGAGGCGCGUGCUUGCCGAAUUUGGAUACGUAUAAUGUAAUUGUAAGUGCGAUGUUUGUGAGGAAGAGGGGGGAGGACAUGGUGGUGGCUGGGAAAAUGGUGAGGGAGAUGGUGGAGAGAGGGUUUCUGCCGCGGAGGUUUAUGUUUAAUAGGGUGGUUAAUGGGUUGUUGGUUACGGGGAAUCAGGAUUUUGCGAGAGAAUUGUUGCGGUUGCAGGAUAAGUGCGGACGGUUGCGAAGGGAGAUCAAGAUUUGAAUGUGAUUUGGUGUAUUAGGGUGAAGGGUUAUGCAGAGAAAGUACUGUUUGAGUAGAGCUACUUGAAAAUAUCUGAUAAAGUACUUAAUCGAUUGGUAGGGAUGAGCAGUCAGGAGUAUGCGAGCGAGUUGUUUGUGGUUAGAGGAUAGUUGCAAAUGCUUGAGAGGGGAGACGAGGUUACGAAUGCGAUUGGCUUACAAGGAUGGAGAGCUUACGGAAAAGUAUUGUUUGAGUAAAGCUAUCUGAAAGAACGUUAAUAAAUAGGGAUAUAAAUAAUUGUUGGAGCGAUGUUUGUGAGGAAUAGGGGGCAGGACAUGGUGGUGGCCGGGAAAAUGGUGAGGGUGACGGUGGUGGGGGCUUGUUGCUGAGGAGCUUUAUGCUUAAUAAGAUGGUUAAUGGUUCAACAGCGACAGGAAAUCAAGAGUUUGCGAUGGUGUUGUUAUGGUUGCGGGAUAGGUGCAGAUGUUGCAGAGGAAGAUCAAGAUAUGAAUGUGGUAGGUUUAGUAGGGUGGAGAACAUAUUGGGGGUGCAUUGAAAAGAGUACUAUUUGAGUAGAGCUAUUUGAAAAGGCGAUAAUGAAUUAUUUAUUAGAAUCCUGUGAACAGGUUUCUGCAGCGGAAGCUUCGCGAGUAGAGCUUCAGUUUUGAGUAGAAAGCUCAUCCAUCUUCUUACAACAAUAGAAACUCAAUGAUGCUGAAAUUUGGCCAGGUACUCCAGAGUGAGUUAUUGAUGUUGAUGUUGCGGGACAAAAGGGGAUCCCUGCUUAGGGAGAUUAUGAUUUGAUUUGGAAUUAAGAUUAUGGAGCAAGAGCUGUCCUGCUCGAAGAAGCCAUAAUAGAUGCUUUGUUAGGGUCCUCUGAGUAGUCAACUGUAGUAGUUUCAAAUUAAAGUUUCAGUUUUGACUAAAAGUUGAAUCAGCUUCUUGCCGCAGCAAAAGCUUCAAAUGGCUACAUGGUAAAGCUUGGCCAAACAGGUAUUUGACUUCUUUCUUUCUGUUUUGAUCAAUGGAACUAUGAUUGAUUAUUUGUUAUUCGCAAUACGAAUGUAAAUAUAGAAAUAGUGACCUCUUUAAACAUGUACAUAUAUAAACUCCAUAAGAGGCUCUGCAGGAUGCAGAUAAAGCUAGAAUAAGCCUAUGCUUGCAAAAUUUCUGUGUUUUUUUUUUUUUUGAGAGAU